AAUUAAUGGUAAUAAGUCAGAUUCAAGAUGAUCUCUAAGGUAUUCAUUCUCUUCGCUAUCUUCGCCGCCACCAAUGCCGGUAUCAUCCCUUCUGGACAUUUAAUCAAUACUGGAGUCAGCAUCCGGCAACAAGUUCAAGAUGGACAUGGCAACUAUGCUUUUGGAUAUGACAUCAAGGAUGGCAAAGGAGCCACCAACUCCAGAUCUGAAGUAGGAGAUGCUCAUGGAAACAAGAAGGGAUCAUACACUCUCGCUGACAUCGAUGGACGAGCAAGAAAGGUUGAAUACGUUGCUGACGGACAUGGAUUCAGAGCUGUUGUCAAGACCAAUGAGCCCGGAACUACUGCCAGUAUACCAGCUGCUGCUGUCAUCGCCAGUCCAUACGCUGCACCGGCUAAUAUUGCUCAUACAACCCAAACUUUUGGGCAUGGUGUUGCUGCUCCCUUGGUUGCUACUGCUCAAGCUACUUAUGGACAUGCUGAUGUUGGAUAUGUCUCAGGCUUAGGCUAUGGCAUUGUAAAUAAUCUAGUAAAUGGUUACACUUAUGCGGACAAUUAUUAACAAUUCAUUAUUAAGGAAAGUCAUUUCUACGUAAUUACAUAUUAAUUAAUUUUUGAAAAAAUAUCAUCAUGAAAUAAGGUAUACGAAAGUCUACGCCACAAAACAUAUUUUCCAAGAAGAUUUGCCAAACAGACUGCCAAAGAAGCUCAGGUGUUGCUAAAUUACUGUCAGUGUUUUAAUGAAAUUAAAAUAUUUGUUUAAUAUUAGUUUAUAUUUUAUUUCAUAACCGGAGUUAAAACACCAACCCAA